ACAACUUCCACCAUGGACUAACAUGUAUGAAAGGUUUCAUUCAAAUCAAAAGGGGUGCAGUCAUGGAACGAACCCAGUUAGACCCAGAUAUAUCCGGUUCAGUUGAGACGACCUGUCCAUAUGUAUUUCUUUCUACGAUUACUUAUAAUCCCAACACGUAUCAAAUAAUAUAGUAUGACUGCGUAAUGGACACUGAAAGGUCUUCAUAUAUCUAUGAUCUAUUUCAGAAACAGGCAAGUAUGACUUAACUUCCUCCAGUUCAUAUGACUAUGCCCUUCUUAUUGCUUUUUUCUCACUGGUAUUAUAUACCCAUGCACACAGUAUUGCUUUCUUAAGAUAGCAGUAGGUGGUGGUGUCUAAUUCUGUAACCCAAGCUUAUGGACUCAUUUCUGCACCAACAGCCACAAAGGAGUAUUUAAAAAAGGGCAGUAUCUCCCUCAGGCUACAAUGGAUACCUUUUUCCGCCGCCACUUUAAGAGGAAGGAGACGGGCUCGCGGGACGAGGAAGAGGUGGAGCUGGACUAUUGCUGCAGUAACCGGCGCCCCAGUGUUGCCGUGCCGACCAGUAAGGCUCGCCGGCGCUCUAGAGUUGGCCUCCCCUCAGCCGUUCUGGCCCAACGGCGCCGCUCCAGCGCGCAGCUACAGGAGCUCCCGCUGGCGGGGGGUUGCUGCACGGGGGGCGGCCGGCUGGCCAAGGUGGCCGGCUAUGCCAAAUCAUCCUACUCCAAGUCAUCCUCCAGCAGCCAUGUCCGGAGACGCUCAAGUACCACCACUCUCAGCAUGAACCCGCGCUUCGCUGUGCGCCACCGCAAGCUGCGCACCAUCGACACGCACCUGCUGGGGCCCUCGAUGCUGCUAGCCAGCCUUAUCCAGAUGACUGAGGAGGAGGAGGGCGGGGGAAGGGGAAACCUGUUCCUGCCAGCUGGGGAGCAGCAGGUGGAGAUGAGGGGCAGUGGAGGUGGCAGCAGGGCCCUGUCCCGCUCCAGCACCCUACACUCAGACGGCGACAGCAACGACGACGACCACAGCCUUUCCGAGGACAGCCAGCUCUUCGACCCCGACGAGGAGCUCCAGCACCAGGCUGAAGUAGUGGAGGAGGUUGACGUUUCCGACAGGGAAAUAGAGGACACUUCCUGGUGGCUUACCCAACAUUCCCCGUCGCCGCUGGGGGUGGUGGCCGAGAGAGUCUCCUCAUCUCGGCCCCUCAUACGCGCCCCCCGCUGCCUGCGGAGAAACUCGUCCCGUCUCUCGCCGGGUGAGGCCACGCCAUACGGCCGCUACUGCGGGCGCUCCAGACAGAUAAGGCAGCGGCGAAUCGCUACCAUCUCCAAAGCAGGCAGCCCCUGGCCAGGGAGGGGGCAUCCACUGCCCAACCGCCGGAGCUCAACCGUCUACCUCAGCCACCCCGUCUUCUGCAGGAGCCACUCAGCAGGUUCACUCAGCUCUGCCCUGGGGGCCUACUACGACCCCCGGCUGGAGACAUGGAGUGGGUUCCUUCUGAAAGCUAUCGCUAAGUCAGGCCUCCAACACUUGGCAGCCCAGCCCAGCGCCUCAGCCCCAGGCAAGACUGACCCACUUCGAGAGAACUGCAACACUGUCGACUGGAGUGAUAAUGCCCAGUUUGGGGACCAUAUCUGGUUUGAGACCAGUGUCUCAGGAGACGUCUGUUACGUUGGAGAGCAGUACUGCGUCACAAAGACAAUGCAAAAGUCAGUGGCGAGGAAGAAAUGUGCUGGCUGCAAAAUAGCAGUCCACACCAUGUGUAUCGAGCAGCUAGAAAAGAUCAAUUUUAGAUGUAAGCCAUCGUUUAGGGAACCCGGAUCUCGAAAUGUUCGAGAGCCCAACGUUGUCCGUCACCAUUGGGUCCACAGGAGGCGCCAGACUGGGAAGUGUCGGCAGUGUGGGAAGGGUUUUCAACAGAAGUUCUCAUUCCAUAGUAAAGAGAUUGUUGCAAUCAGCUGUUCUUGGUGCAAACAGGCAUAUCACAACAAGGUGACGUGCUUCAUGCUGCAGCAGAUCGAGGAGCCUUGCUCGCUGGGAGCUCACGCCUCCGUCAUAGUGCCGCCCACCUGGAUCAUCCGGGUCCGCAAACCACAGACAUCAUUAAAAUCAAGUAAAAAGAAGAAACGCACAUCUCUGAAAGGAAAGCCGAGUAAGAAGGUAGUAGAGGAUGGUCGAUGGAAGCCCUUCAUAGUGAAGCCUGUUCCCUCGCAACUCAUGAAACCUCUGUUGGUGUUCGUCAACCCCAAAAGUGGAGGCAACCAGGGAGCCAAGAUCAUCCAGUCGUUCAUGUGGUACCUCAACCCCCGACAGGUGUUUGACCUCACCCAGGGAGGGCCCAAGGAGGGGUUAGAAAUGUAUUCCAAAGUGCCCAACCUGCGGAUUUUGGCGUGUGGAGGGGAUGGAACAGUGGGUUGGAUCCUGUCUGUCCUGGACCAGCUCCAGUUGAACCCUGCGCCUGCCGUGGCUGUCCUGCCCUUGGGGACGGGGAACGACCUGGCCAGGACUCUCAACUGGGGAGGGGGUUACACUGAUGAGCCAGUGUCUAAGAUCCUGUCUCAUGUGGAGGAUGGGAACGUGGUGCAGUUGGAUCGCUGGAACCUCCUGGUGGAGCCCAACCCAGAGGCCGUUCAGGAGGAGAAGGACGAGCACCAGACAGACAAGCUCCCAAUUGAUGUCUUCAACAACUACUUCAGCCUCGGCUUCGACGCUCACGUCACACUGGGGUUCCACGAGUCCAGAGAGGCCAACCCAGAGAAAUUCAACAGCCGUUUGCGGAAUAAGAUGUUCUAUGCAGGGACGGCCUUCUCUGACUUUCUGAGUGGCAGCUCCAAAGACCUUGCCAAACACAUUAAAGUUGUGUGUGACGGCACAGACCUCACCUCCAAAGUCCAGGACCUGAAGUUGCAAUGUCUUGUAUUCCUCAACAUUCCCAGUUACUGUGCUGGCACCAAACCGUGGGGUCACCCCAGUGAGCACCUUGAUUUUGAGCCGCAAAGACACGACGACGGCUGUAUCGAGGUCAUCGGAUUCACCAUGACCUCUCUGGCCACUCUGCAGGUGGGCGGUCACGGCGAGAGGUUGAACCAGUGUAAGGAAGUGACCCUGACCACCUACAAGUCCAUCCCCAUGCAGGUAGAUGGCGAGCCCUGUAAGCUGGCCCCUUCCGUCAUCUACAUCAACUUGAGGAAUCAGGCCAACAUGGUGCAGAAGACCAAGAGGAGGAUCUCCAUGCCCCAGCUCAAUGAUCAGCAGCCGGUUCCUGAGAAGCUGCAGAUCAGAGUGAGCAGGAUCAGCAUGCACGCCUAUGAGGCCCUGCACUACGACAAGGACAAGCUCAAAGAGGCCUCUAUUCCACUGGGCAUCAUCACGGUCCCAGGAGACAGCGAUCUGGAGAACUGCCGUUCACACAUUGAGAGUCUACAGGAUAGUCUGGAAGAGGAAAGUGAUGCUGUGAAAUCAGCGAGGCUGUCGUCACAAAAGCUUUCCCCCAAAUGGUGCUUCCUUGACUGCACAACUGCUGAUCGAUUCUAUAGGAUAGACCGUGCUCAGGAGCACCUCAACUACGUGACGGAGAUCUCCCAGGAUGACCUCUACAUCCUGGACCCGGAGCUGGUCAUCAAGGAGACGGUGGGCACCUCGCCGGGCAUGCCCGACCUGGUAGACUCGUACGGGGAGUGCAAAACGCCAGAAUCUCGCCAGUUUACCUUCCCAUCCUCCUCCUCCUCUCCCACCUCCUCCCCAGGACCCAGUAUCAGGGAGUCCCAGAGGAAGAGGGUGUCCAGUGACAGCUCGGUGACAGAGGCCCUGGCUCACAGCAGCGACUCCCAGGCCUCCUCCAAGACCGGCCAGUGCAGGAGAGGCACUAAAAUUGUGAAUGUUCAUCGGCCCCAUACAACUAUUGCUGAUUUCAGACCCAUGCUUAGUUCUGGAAGUGCUCUGUCGUGUGAUGCUGAAAAAGUAACUGAGUUAAUUGAGUGUGUGAAGACAGAAGAUCUCGAAAGGCUCACAGAGCUCCACAAACAGGGGGCAGAUAUUUUCACACAGGAUACUUUGGGCUGCACCUUACUCCAUUACGCGGUGGAGGUGGGCUGCAAGGAGAUUGUUAAGUACAUCAUAGACAACGCACCUACCACUCUCCUGGAUGUCACAGAAAAAGAGACAGGGGAGACGGCUCUCCAUAAAGCUGCGUUCACGCGUCAGAGGACCAUCUGCCACUACCUGGUGGAGGCCGGGGCUUCCCUCAUGAAGACUGACCUUCAGGGUGAGACGCCGAAACGGCGUGCGGAGAAGGCCAAUGACCAGGAGCUGGCGGAGUACUUGGAAAACCGCCAGCACUACCAGAUGAUCCAGCGAGAGGACCAGGAGACUGCCGUUUGAUGGUCCCACUAUUUACCGCAACCUGCACCACGCUCUCUCUUUCUCCCUCUCCGUUUGCCAUACCUAACAGUAGGAAGUUCUGUACUGGGUUCAAGGGGGGGUGGGGUGGGUGGUAGGUGUCUUCCCUCUCUAACAGACCAGGCUAAUUACACCAUUGAAAUAGGAUUACUAUUUCUAUGGGCUACACUCCCAGUAUGGGUCGAAGUCUAGAGAGCCAGUGGAGGCAGGUCUUCCUUUCAUCCGCUUGCUAGUGAUGCUUCAGUUUGACUAGAGUGCUAUGUGACAAGAGUGCAUGAAUGAACACCGCUUUUCUUCUAUUGCGAAUGGGUCCAAGUCCGCUACGACACAGCAAGCGAUUGUAAAUGAAAGGGCAAAUGAAAAAACAACAGCUUUUUGGGGUAUUUUCAGGGCUGGAGUAACUGUAUCUGAAUGUGGCUUUAUGAACCUCGUAUCUUUCUCCAUAUGCAAUGGCUAGGUAUCUAUAGGAAUGUGUAGCGUUUGAGUGAGUCAUUGAAAUGGAUGGAGGUUGUUUUUAACCAGGGAUACUGUUUAUGUAAGUGUGGGCUUGAGAUAUGAUAGAUGCUUUGCCAUAUUGUAUGAAGGCUCAUUACUUUCCUUUUUGAAUUCUCGUGACCUCUGGAUGUGCUUGUUUACUCGAAUGGCAGUAUGUUUGCUCUGCUAUUGGAUAUGUAACUUAUAACUUAUGUCGAUCACUGAUAAACCGCUAUAUUUAAGAAAUGCUGUACUAUUUAUAGAGAGAGCUGUUUGCGUUUUUGCUUAUGAUCAAAUAUUAUAAAAGCAGGCAUCCUAAAUAACUCAUUAUUAAAAGCUGGUUUUGCACUGCCACUGUUAUUACAAAAACAAUGCUUUGUAUUUCUCUAUGUGGCUUGAAAUUCCUCUUGGUGCAUUACAUAUAACAGUUCUUAGAUAUUUAUAUACCACAGCUUUUAGAUAUUUUUAUGCACUGUGUCCAUGUUUGUUACAUACAAUGUACAUUUGAUGUAUUUUUCCAAAUGUGUACUUUGCAAUGUAUAGUUUUUCUGUGUAUAGGUGAAACGUUCUUAUUUACUACAUGCUACACAAGUGCAGUAAGAAUUCAACACAAAACAGUUAACAGAUUCCCCAAAAUGAUCACAAAUCACAAAUAAACUUCUGUAUCCCAUUCUUUAAUGCCACAUCAUUACUACUUUAGUCAACUCUUUGUAUAUUUCAUAUAUUAGCCAGUUUAUGAACACUUAUGGAAUGUGAGGAGAAAGUUCAGUUCACUUGAUUAGCCUUAAUCAGUAAUUUGUCUCGCGUUCCGUUGUCUCAAUGAAACUUAAUUAAACACUAUUUAUUGUAUGUGCAACCUGACUGCUGAGUCAAGUAUCUUACAUCAGUUUCUUUUUCUCUUUACAACUUUUACAAGUAUUAUCAGAAACAUGAUUAUUGAUUAUUGUGAAAUAUAGAUUGCUUGUAUCAAUACUUUAGAAAUCUUUGCAAGAACUGCCUAUUAUUGGUUUGCUUUUAAGGGGUUAUGAAAAGUAUGUGUGUGUUAUCAAUGCUUUGUUUUGAGUUGCUGUGCAAUUCAGGGUUAGAGAAUUAGCAUCAAACAAUUAAGAAUGACUACUGCUGAACUGUCCAUUGUAACUACAGAGAUUUCAAAAGAUAAUUUUUGUACUUAUGAACAGCGAUCAGAGUAAUGGACAGACCUGUAUGAAAUGUAUAAAAAAAAACAUAUUAGUUGUACUGUAUAUUUGCUCAUCAAGCCUGUUUGUUACUGUUUGUUUGGAGAAAAAUAAAACUUUAAACAUUGA